UAACCGCGAGAACCAGCAGCAGCGGCGGCCAGCAGUGCUGUGUGUGUGUGCGUGUGUGCGCGACGAAAAAGUAUAAAUCGUAACGAGCAGAAGAAAAAAACGUGUGAAAAUUUAAAGAAAGAACGACGCUGUUAUCCUUCGCCUAUCUGUCGUCGUCGUCGUCAUAAUUGUCGUCGUCGUCGUCGUUUUCGUCAUCGUACUCGUCGCAACACAGCAACAAAUUGAAACAAUAGCAGCACGCAGUUCCAUUGCAAUAACGGUACCUAUAACGGAUCAGCACAAGAAACGAGAGCCCACAGGAAAAGAGGAACAGCAGAGCAGAAAUCCAAGAGGCAAAAUGCAGACGCAUAAAAAGUGAAAGGAGGAACAGAGGAAGUCACAAGCAAAAGCAGAGCUAAACUGAGCUUGUUGUGUGUGUGURCGUGAGUGUGAGCAGCGUGCACUAGCGUGAGUGCCUGUGUAUGUUCGUCUUCGUGAGUACAGCAGCUAUCGAGCACACACUCUCACAUUGAACCACCCAUUCUCUCGCUAACGCCUACCUGACUGGCUGUCUGUGUACGCGCGUGUGUGUGUGUGUAUUAGUGUAGCAGUAGCAGCUGAAGAGAGAUUCAUACAUCGACUGUCACACUUACACCCAUUUGCAGUGUGCAAUUGGCAUGGCUGCAAGGAGUGCGAGCAAGCAACAAUAGCAACCACAAUUGGGAUAUGCAGCUAUAAGAGAAGAUUGAUAGUUAAGUAAGCGUAAAGGACUUGAAACCAAAAAUUACAACAACACCAGCAACAGUAACAGACAAAGAAACUUAAGCAACAAAUAUAACACACGUCUAAUUAUUCAUUGAGGAAAUUGCAAGCUACAAGAAACAGACAGAGACAGAGAGAAAAAUUAGAAAGAAGGAAAGUGUGAAAGAGCAAAAGAAAAUCUGCCCGCCCACCUAGUCACGAUUGAGCAAGAAAAGGGAUACCAAUUAAACAAACGGCUAAUUAACAAGUUGCUGGCAUCAUGAGCACACUGCUCGAGGAGCUGAGCCAAUCACUGGCUACGGCGACAAUUGAGGAACAGCAGCAGCAGCAGCAACAACAACAGCAGCAGCAGCAGCAGCAGCGGGUCUCGAUGAGUACGACACUCUGCGAGGAUUCGAACUCAUCAUCGGUGCUGGAAGACAUCGAUGUGAGCAAUACGAGCAGCAGCAGCAGCACCAGCAGUACCAGUAGCAGCAGCAGCAGCAGCAGCGCGAGCAGCAACAGCAGCAGCUGCAGCAAUGGCACUGGAACGGACACGGACACCGGCAAGGGCAGCAGCACCGUGGGCAGCAUUGAUACGACGCGCGUCAGCUCGUCCAGCAUUGGAUCGGCUGCAUCGAUUACAUCAUCGGUAUCAACAACCGCCCCAUCCACGUCCAAUUCAUCGGGCCUCGGUCUGGUGGUCGAUGUGGACAGCAAUAUUGGCAGCAGCCAGGAGCUGAGCCAUGGCUAUGAGUCUAAGAGCGUCACGGAGCUGGAUUCCCUGGAGGAUACGUGCGGCUCCAUGCUCAAAGAUGCCGACAAGAACUGCAUGCUAUGCAGUUCGCGUUUGGUUAUGCCGCGAAUCCUAUCCUGUCUACAUGUAUAUUGCGAGGAUUGCCUGCUUAAUUUGCUACGCAGCAAGGAGGCGGCCGCAGCCAGCUCACCGGCCACAUCCCUAUCGUCGGCGGCCAGCUGCUCGUCGGCCUCGUUCGAUGGCAGUGAGAAUCAGCGAUUGCAUACGGUGCUGGAGUGUCCGGUUUGCAAGCAGCUGACCCAUCUGGGCAACAAGGGCGUCAGGGGGCUGACCAUGGACUACAUUGUGACAAAUACGCUGGAUCUGUCCAAUCUGGAAUCGGAGCAUAUACCGUGCACGUCCUGUAAGAGCAAAGAGGAGGCCAUAUCACGUUGCAAUGACUGCGCCAACUUCUUGUGCAACGGCUGCGACAAUGCGCACAAGUAUAUGCGCUGCUUCGAGAACCACCAGGUGGUGCGCAUCGAGGAUCUGCAGAAGAAUGUGCAGAACGACAAGCUGAUCAUUCACAAGCCAAUCUGCUGCCGUCAGCACAUCAAUGAGAAUCUCAAAUACUAUUGCUUUACGUGCCAGGUGCCCACCUGCAACGAUUGCCUGCUGAGCGAUCAUAAGGGCAACGAUCAUCACUACGAGACCGCUCUGGUUGCCGAGCAAACAGUUCGGGCCGAUCUCGAGCAAACGCUGACGGAGACCAUGAAGAAGGCACAAUAUUGCAACGAUGCUGGCGGCAAUCUGAGCAGCGCUCUAACCGAACUCCAGUCGCAGCACGACAAUGUCCGACAGCAGAUCGACGAUGCGUACAAGGGCUAUAAGCGCACUCUCGAGGUCAUUCGCGAUCAGAUGAUCACCGACCUGAGUCGCCUGCACUCGGAGCGCGAACUGAAGAUCAUGGAUCUGAUGCAGAGCCUUGAGAAUAACAUGGGCCGCCUGCAGCAUGCCUCCCAGUUCGGUCAGCGUGCCAUCGAGAAGGCCAAUGCCAUAGAGUUUCUGUUGCUGAAGCCAGUGAUCAGUGCUCAGUGCGCCAAUCUGAUCGAUCAGACACCCCAGAGCGAUGUCAACUAUCAGCUCCAGUUCGACUGUAUGCCCGAGAAGUUUGAGCGUUUCGCGCGUGAAAUGUUUGGCAAAUUUCGCACGGAAUCAACGAAAAGCCCAAAUACAACUGGAACUGGAAUGCCCGAGGCGACGGCCUCUCCGAUGGCCACGCCCAAGCAGCACACGCCGCCGCCAUCGAACUUGGCGCCCGGCUGCCAUGGCGUUGGCAUGCUGCCGCCUGGAGUGCGCAGCCUGGCCGGAGUUGGCAGCAGUUCCGUCAACAACAGCUCGGUGCAGGGACGGCUGAGCUCGGCAGCUGUCUUUAGUCCCAUAUCGUUGCCAUCGUCGUUGCAGAGCUCCUUCGAUGGCGACACCUCGGUCAUGACCAACUUCUCCAUGAUGAGCACGCUGCCGCCAGAUUCGCCGCCGCAGCUGCAGCAGCAACAGCAGCAGGCGCUGCAACAGGCGCAACAGCAGCAACAGCAGCAGCAGCAGCAGCAGCAAAAGCAACAGCAACAGCAGCAACAGCAACAGGCACUGCAUCAACAGUCACAGACGCUGCCCGUGACCCAGCAAAUAUCGCAGAUGGUGACGCCCCAAGGCAUUGUCCAAGUACCACCACCUUCUGGGCAUGUCAGUAUCAAUGCUGGAGCAAGUAACAGCGCUGUCGGCAUGGGCCUGGGUGCCCUCAAUGGACUGGGCAUGAAUGCUGGCGGACCAACCCCUCCGUUCAGCAUGCUUGAAUACAAUCUAUCACGAUUGGCCAGUCUCACGGAGAGCAUACCGGACGCCAUGAGCGACACGUUGGGCGUGGGCAGCUCUAAUGCGGUGGCUGUUGCUGCCACUUCCGGCGCCGCCGGCGGCGCUGCCUCCCAUCAUCAGCAGCCGGUCAUUCCGCCCUCUGGCGUCACGCCCACCCAACCCAUAACACUGGCCGACAUUCUGUCCGGUGACCAGCGCGCGCUCAACAAUCUGCAAGCUUUGGCUAAACUGGGACUCAACAACAAUGAUGAGCAACACGAUUUGUUGUCGUCGAACGGAAGCUCAACGUGCCUUGAUUAUAUUUUAACAGAUUUCUGCAUGCCAGCAGCCACAUCACCAAAUCUGCAAACACUGAAUCCAAUUGUUGGCGGUGUCGAGGAGAUGAGCCUCAACAAUUUCCAUGCUGUGGCACCGCCCGGCACCACCAGCGUUGUAACUGGCCGCAACAAGGCCACGCCCAUGCAGAUACGCUGCAAAUUUGGAUCGCUCGGCACGGCCAAGGGGCAAUUCAAUUCGCCGCACGGCUUUUGUCUGGGCGUCGAUGAGGAGAUCAUUGUCGCCGAUACGAACAAUCAUCGCAUCGAGGUCUUUGACAAAAUGGGCGCGCUCAAAUUUCAAUUUGGUGUCGCCGGCAAAGAGGAGGGCCAACUCUGGUAUCCCCGCAAGGUGGCUGUCAUGCACAACAAUGGCAAAUUCGUGGUCUGCGAUCGAGGCAACGAACGCUCCCGCAUGCAAAUCUUCUCCAAGUGCGGCCAUUUUAUGCGAAAAAUUGCAAUUAGGUAUAUUGAUAUUGUUGCGGGUCUGGCUGUAACUGCCAAGGGACACAUUGUUGCCGUCGACAGCGUCUCGCCCACCGUUUUCGUCAUUUCCGAGGAGGGCGAAUUGGUGCGUUGGUUCGACUGCAGUGACUAUAUGCGAGAACCAUCCGAUAUUGCCAUACGUGACAAUGAUUUUUACGUUUGCGACUUUAAAGGGCAUUGCGUGGCCGUUUUCCAAGAGGACGGCACCUUCCUUUAUCGCAUUGGCAAUGAGAAGGUCACCUGCUUUCCCAACGGCAUUGACAUAUCCAACGCUGGCGACGUACUCAUCGGUGAUUCACACGGAAAUCGCUUCCAUGUGGCCUGUUACUCACGGGAAGGCGUACUGCAAUCCGAAUUCGAGUGUCCACAUGUCAAGGUUUCACGUUGUUGCGGCCUGAAAAUCACCUCUGAGGGCUAUGUCGUAACACUGGCCAAGAACAAUCAUCAUGUUCUUGUCCUGAACACCCUGUAUGUUCACUGAUUGCAAAUCAAAGCGCGCAACAAUCGUCCAGCUGUCGAUCUGAUCAAAUACAACUAUAAGUACUCGUCAGGCAAAAUUUAUGGAUGUCGUCGACAGCAACAGCAUUGUCAACAUCAUGAAAAUAGAAAACA